UAUAUUAUUUAUAUUUAAAUAGAAUUUAUGAACUUUAGUAAUAAAUAUAUAAUUAACGUAUAUUUAUUUAUUACAUUUUAAUAUUUUCAACGAUUUACGAAAUCGAAAAUGAUUUUAGAAUUUUAAGUUAAAACGAAUUUGAAUUAUGAAAUUCCGUUCGAUUGAAAUUAGGAAACAAUCCUAAGCAGUGUUGAAUUCAAAUUCUAAAACUAAAUACUAAUCCUAGCCCAAUUAGAUUCCUAGCCCAUAAAAUAUCUAAGCCCCAACUAACCCCAAAAGUUUACUCACUAUUGUUUUCUCUCUCCUCUCAAACCCUCAUGAAGUCUCACGUAUUGCUCUCUCCUUUCACGUGAAACUCUCAAAGCACACAAACUCACAAACCCUCUCAUCCCUCUCCAGCCACCGCACCAGCCGCCGCACCAGCUGCCGCGCCACCGUCGCCCUUCGACGUCCGCACCACCACCCGCAGCACCGCUUGCACCGCCGCUGCGGCCCUGCCCAGUCGAUCUCCCUCCUUCCUCCUUCCUUGGCUCGCACGAGAUUGCAGCCACCUUCAACGUUCCUGCUUCUUGCUUGCUCAAUCACCCGCGACCACCAACACUAAUCGCGCCGCCCAGUCGCGUCGCCGCCCAGCCUGCGCCACCGCUGUCGUGCCCCUGCUCGCCGGCAGUCUCUCUCCUCCUCUCCUUUUGGCGGAGAAUUCUCUCUAGGCGACUUUUGAAAGUGUUAAGGUGGCCUAUCAGUUUGUUUACACAAGAUCACUAAUCAUGUCUGGCAUACAAGGAAAUAGAAUAGGGAGCAACUCUAACCCUAUUAUUCUAAGCGAUGAUGAAAAUGAAAUGGAUUACGAGUCUGACAUUAACAGUUACACCAGCCGUGAACUUGUUCUGCGUCGAGUUUUAAGAGCAGGAGAACCUGAUAGUGAUGAUGAAGCCCUUCGUGAAUUUGAUCGUGCUAGAGGGCAAACUAGGGUCGAUAUUUAUCAAGCUGUUUUGAGACCUGAAAGCGAUUCGGAGCCUGAGUUUGAGCAUGAAUUCGGGUUUGAGUUCGAACAAGAAUUUGAGUUUGAGUUCGAACAUGAAUUAGAGGUUGAACCUGAGUUUGAGUUUGAGCCCGAACAUGAACCUGAACCUGAGCCUGAGCCAGAGGAAGCUAAUCAUCAAUUUCAAGGUCUACGAAGAUCCUCUAGGCCAAGAAAAGAAGCUUAUUAUUUUGAUAUGGAUGACGAUGAUGAACUUAAAUAUGAGCUAUUCACCCUAGAAGGUUAUAGCGAGUCAAAGGACAAGUCUGAUGAUGUUUCCCUUUAGCUUUGCUUACAUAUUUAGUUGUGUGUGAGAAAAAUGUUGGUCAAUCCGCCCAACCAUAGUUUAUGUUUAUAUCGUAGAACCUUUUUACUUUAUUUUGAGAACAGGUGUGUGUUAAUAUUUAGGAUUGUUAUUGACAUUCUUCUGAGGAAUAAAAGCUAGAUGAUUGACUAUCUAAAAGAUCAGAGUUUUACGGGCACGCAAGGGGAAUGUUUUCUUUUUUUAUUCUAACUUAUUAUUCGUGAUGAUUGAAGUCAUUCCUUGUCUCUCAGUUGAAUGUUUUGCAUGAUUGUUCAUUUCGUGUGCAUUUUGAAUGUUAAUGUGAUAUUGCAUUGCUAGAGGAUAAUGUAAGUAAAGUUUUGAACCUGAAUUAGAGCAUAUAAAUUUCAGGUCGCGCUCUAGGAUGGCCAAUAAUAGUGACCUAGCUGCUGCUAUUCGCCUCUUGGCGGAAAAACUAACCCAGGAAAGA